CUCCCUCCUAACUUCACGACUUGCGCUACGAACAGUCAUGAAGUUUUCCGCCCUCGUCGCCCUCGCCCUCGGCGGUGCCACCACCUUCGCCGCCCCAAUUGGUCUUGAAGCGAGACAAGGCACCUGCAGCGAUGUCUACGUCUUUUUCGUGCGAGGGACGACUGAGACUCCUGCACCUCUAGGCGACAGGAUUGCUCCGUUUUUCAGGGAUGCGCUAGUCAAGCUCGUUCCAGAGAAAUCUGUGGAAUUCACUGGCGUGCCCUACGCUGCUGGGUUGAUUGGAUAUCUCAUCGGGGGUGAUCCUGAGGGUGCCAAAACGAUGGCGAAUAUGGUUACGACGACUGUCCGCCAAUGUUCGAAUGCGAAGAUUUUCAUGUCUGGGUAUAGCCAAGGCGCCCAGGUGACCCACCUUGCUGCUCGUCAACUUUCAGAUGAGGAUCUCGACCGCGUCACGGGGGUAGUCACCUUUGGCGACCCGUACAAGGAUACUGCCCUCCCCGGAACGCUUGAGCAGAGGCGGAAGACUUUCUGUCGUAAUGGGGAUUUAAUUUGCGAGCGCGUGCAUCUUCCGCUUCCUCCUCAUUUCGAAUAUCAUAACGAUGCCGAAGAGGCUGCUCGCUGGGUCGCUGACCGCGUUUAGAUGCUACUACAGUGGCACUACGUUUACGAUGAUUUACGACGAACACACGAUGCUACCACUAUAUAGUAUGAUGGAAAGGCGAAACGAUGAAGUAACAAGUUGUUUUUGAAA